CCGGUAAGAUAACCUAACCUAAAAACAUAUGUACACGUUUUGUUUUUAAUUUAAUCUCGAAUUAACUUGAAUAAUAAAUAGGAAAUAUUCAUGAUUAAUUGGAGUACAUACGUACAUACAUACAUACAUAAGUUACUUUCUUACCUGUUGAUACAAUGUGAUUGUCCAUUAUUUUUCGAAGAUACGUUGAGUUUAAAGUUGAUGAACUGAUGAGACGUAAUGAUAAUGUUAAAAUAUCAGAAAAAGUGCCUGUAAUGUAUAUAAUUAUCGAAUUAUAACAAUGAUAAAUAUAAAGGUGAAGAGAAAACGUCCUAAUGAAUUAUUUGAAACUUGGCUAGAAGAAUGGAGAAAAAAGGCAAAAUUAGAAAAGUCAUAUCUAGAAAAACCUUUUUCUAAAGCUCUAUCAUCGUUGAAAAAAUAUCCUUUGCCAUUAGAAAGUGGCAGGGAUUGUCGUGUACUGCAAAAUUUUGGAGCAAAAUUAUGUACAAUGUUAGAUAAGAAAUUGGAGCAAUAUGCAAUUGAAUUGAAAAAGAUAAAUGAAAAGAGAUUAUCUAGUAAUAUGUGUUUCAAUCGGCCUCUAAGUGCAAUAAAUGAGCCAAAUACCAAAAAAACUCAACCAAGAAAAAAAAAGACGACUAAAACAAUUUCUAGUACGUCAAAAGCUACAAAUUCAGAAAAUAUUGAUGUUCAGCCAAUAACAAUGCGCACGUUUGAUGUGAUACUGUUAGUAGACAAUAAUGAAACAAGUACCAGUAUUGCUUUAGAAAAAAACUCCAGUAGCACAGUGAUACCUUAUGAAGUAAGGCAUUUGAAAGUUGGCGAUUUCGCGUGGAUAGCUCGGUGUACAAUGACUCAAAAAGAACUUGUUUUACCCUAUAUAGUUGAAAGAAAAAGAAUAGAUGACUUAGCUGCAAGUAUUAAGGAUAAAAGGUUCCAUGAGCAAAAGUUUCGAUUAAAAUUAUCCGGAAUAAAGAAUAUUAUUUAUAUGAUUGAAGGAGGUAAAGUACGUUCAUCUAUGCCAAUGAAUGUAUUACAUCAAGCUGCCAUAAAUUCAUUAAUCCACGAUGGAUUUACUGUGAAAUUUACCAGAAAUUGUAUUGAUUCAGCAGAUUAUUUAUCAACUUUUACUUUAAUGCUGCAUGAAAUUUUUCAAAAUAAAGAGUUGAUUCAAUGUUCAAAAGAAGACCUUAAACCACUAUCUUUAAGCCAUGACAAAAUUUAUCUGAUGUCGUUUGAGGAAUUUAAUCAAUCAUCAUCAAAAAUCAAAAUUCAUCGUGUAAGAGAUCUUUUUAUAAAACAAUUAUUACAGUUGAAAGGUGUAUCCCUCGAAGCUGUAAUGGCGAUAGCUGAGUUAUAUCCAACACCUACAUUAUUGAGAAAAUCAUUGAUAGAUGCUGGUUCAGAUGGUGAAAAACUCUUAGCAAAUGUAUGCUAUGGCCCAUUAAGAAGAAAACUAGGUCCUACUUUAGCCAAAACGAUCUUUCAAUUAUAUACACAAGAUAAUCUCGAUUAAAUUAACUAAAAAUAUAAGCUAUAUUUUUUGAAAUAAAUAUACUUAUUUAUUUUUAAUAUUUAUGAAAGUUUG